UAGGAACAUACCCAGGGAUCUAUGUAUAGUUAAAAGGAAAAAUUUAUGAGCUCCAGACGCAACAAAACCCCGCCGGAGUCAACACAACCAGCAACUUCCACGAACAACGCGCUCCCGCGCAACCGGCACUUAACACAACCACAUCAAGCAAACCAGAAAAGAUUUCUUGACUCUUCAGUUAUUGAAAUCUCUCCAGGUGCUCGACCGAUACCGACACAAACACUGAUAUCACCGACUUCCGAGCCCUCUUCCGAAUGGAGCACCCCGCAUUCACCUAGCCUCAGCGACUUCGGAAAUUCCACGUCCUUAUUCGAUUACCACUCCGCUGAGAGUAGUGGCUUCUUCCCAGAGAGCCAUCAGACAACCAACUCGCCGGUCCCAGCUGCCUUCGGAGCCAACAGAAAAGCCACCAAAGGCCAUCCCCAGAAACAUUCGAGCACCAUGGUCAACGAAAGGUCGCCUGCAAAGGCGCCGCCGAAGCCCGCUCAAUACCAUGAUCCAAUGGAGCCGACACCAUUAGCACCAUACCCAGCUAAUCCAGCGCUGCAAGCACCGGCCCAGCCAUCGUUUGCCCCUCAAUUUGGACAGCCUACGAUGCCUCAAUCGCCACUCACAAAGAUUAAUGGCCAGGGAAACAAGACCCAGUCCAAAUACAACACAAACUCGAGCAUGUUCAUACCGACGAAGCCCGCCCGUCCCCAAUUCCAACAACCCCGCGCCAUGCCCGGAGUCCCUCCGGGUGCUGCGACACCGAUAUCUAAACCCAGCGCCCCGGUUUAUACGACGACGCAGCCAGCACCGCCUACCAUGUACGGUUCCUUUGGGACUCAAUACCCAGGCGGCUUUAAGUCCGUGAAUACCCAAGGAGGCGGCGGCUUUAAACCGGUGAAUAACCAGGGAGGAGGGUUUCAACCAGUCAAUAAUUACCAACCAACUAUCCAACCAGUGGGCCAAUAUCAGAACCCCAUUGAUCUCACAAGAGAUAGCUAUGGAAAUAUUAUUGACCUUACGAAGGACGGCUAUAGGGAUCGCCUUGCGCCCGCGGAGCCCUAUGCGUUUGUUGACCCGAAGAAGGCUGCCGAAGAUCUUAAGGCUCUUUUGGAAGGAGCUAUUGAGGAUGAGGACGAUGAUAUCCCGAAGACAAGGUCACGCAAGAAGAAGCUUGAUGCUAAGGCAGAUGGAUUGACUUCGAUGUUGAAGGGUCUUGCCGUCACCGACGAUGCACCAGUAGAGGAAGACGACGAAGAUGAGGAUGAUGGAACAGUAGAGGGCGUCAAAGUCAAAUUACUUCCUCAUCAAGUCGAGGGACUAGGCUGGAUGAAAGACCGUGAACUCGGCACGAGGAAAAAGGGCACAGUUCCCAAGGGUGGAAUCUUGGCUGAUGAUAUGGGUCUCGGAAAGACACUUCAAUCCAUUUCGCUCAUCCUCACGAACCCUCGGCCAAGUGGGUCAGACCUCGAAGAUGGUAAGCGCAAGUUCCCAUCGUCUAUGCAGAAGUGCACACUUGUAGUGGCACCGCUGGCAUUGAUUCGACAGUGGGAGCUUGAAAUUAAGGACAAGGUGCUACCAUCCCAUGCCCUCCGCGUCUACGUCCAUCACGGUCCACAGCGGACCAAGAACCACAACGACUUGAAGAAUUACGAUGUUGUCGUCACCACCUACCAGAUUCUAGUUUCUGAGUUUGGAAACUCGUCACAGGAUUCGGAAGGCAUCAAGGUUGGGUGCUUCGGCUUGCACUGGUACCGUGUUAUCCUUGAUGAAGCACACACAAUUAAGAAUCGCAAUGCAAAGGCGACUCAGGCUUGCUAUGCUUUGAGAAGCGAGUACAGAUGGUGUCUCACCGGAACACCAAUGCAGAACAACCUCGAUGAGCUGCAGAGCUUAAUCAAAUUCCUCCGUAUCAAGCCAUACGACGACUUGAAGCAGUGGAAGGAUCAGAUUGACCGACCAAUGAAGAAUGGUCGAGGCGAUGUGGCCAUCAAAAGACUACAGCACUAUCUCAAGAUAUUCAUGAAGCGUCGCACGAAGGAUAUCCUGAAGAAGGAAGGUGCACUGAACCCUGGUGGCAAGCCAUCGGUUGCUGGAGCUGCUAGCAGCACUGGGUUCAAAGUCACGGAACGAAAGAUUGAGAAGGUCUUUGCCAAAUUCUCCCCUGAGGAGCGCCUCUUCUACGAUCGCCUUGAGAAACGCGCAGACAAGAGCUUGGAGGAGAUGAUGGAUGGCCAGAAUGUUAACUAUGCCAGCGCCUUGACCUUACUCCUUCGUCUCAGACAGGCUUGCAACCACCCAAAAUUGGUUGCCGGCAAGCUGGGCAAGGAUGGAGAGGCACUCGGUGCUGAAGCAGCCACUGUGCCAUCUACACCACGAAAGAAGGCAGCUACUACUGAAGAUGACCUGGAAGAUCUUGCUGGUAUGUUCGGCGACCUUGGAGUCGGAAGCAAGAAGUGCGACAUCUGUCAGCUGGAGAUUAGCAAAGACCUGGCGAAGGCUGGCGCGAUAAGAUGCGAGGAGUGUGAGAGUGACUUGUUGAUGAGCACGAAGAAGCCCACUCGCAAGGACCGAAUCUCAGCUAUCCGAGCUCGUCACUCAGACAUCCAGGAAGAGAAGGUUAAGACUAAGCUCAAAACUCGCAAUCGCAAUGUCAUUGUUGACAGUGAUGAUGAAGACGAAGGCUCCUGGAUCGUAGGUGAAGACCAGCAAGGCCCUACCAAACUCGGCAAGGCAGGCGGAACAGACGAUGAAAAUGCGGAGGGAGAAGGCAUUGAUGUCGGUUCUGAUGAUAGUGAUAAGUCUACCAAUUACGACACUGCUGAUGAUGAGACGGAACUCUCAGUAGUGGCAGAUACGACGGGCGAGAUCAUAACUAUUAAAUCUGACCCCCCAAGCGACAAUGAAUCCGAAGUCGAAGUCGAAGGUGCUUCCGACAUCGACGGCUCUGACCUCGACGACGACGAGACGAAACUCUCUACCAUCGUCACAUCCACCAAGAUCACGCAUCUGCUCAGCAUCCUCGGCAAGGAAGCCGAUGAGCAUAAGUUCAUCGUCUUCAGCCAGUUCACGAGUAUGUUGGACCUGAUUGAGCCGUUUUUGCAGAGAGAUGGGUAUAAAUACACCCGCUAUGAUGGAAGUAUGAGGAACGAUCUCCGCGAGGCGAGCUUGAAAAUGCUGCGCGAGGAGAAGUCAUGCCGCAUCCUGCUCUGCUCCUUGAAGUGUGGAUCUUUGGGUCUGAACCUGACAGCUGCCACCCGCGUCGUCAUCCUUGAGCCAUUCUGGAAUCCCUUCGUCGAAGAACAAGCCAUCGACCGCGUCCACCGCCUCACCCAAAAAAUCGACGUCAUAGUCUACAAGAUCACCAUUGCCGACUCGGUCGAAGAGCGCAUCCUCGAGCUGCAAGAGAAGAAGCGCGAGCUCGCCAACCAAGCCAUCGAGGGCGGCAAGAAUGGCGGAGUGAGUAAGCUGGGCAUGAAGGAGAUCAUGCAGCUGUUUCGUCGCGAUGCGGAGUAUACCGAGCCGCCGCUGAAUAAGCCGGCGUAUCAGAAUACGCAGACGAGGGUGUUGGCGCCGGCGAGUCGGGAGGUGAGUGUGGAGAGUGGGAGGUCGGUGCCGAGGAGGUCGCCGCCGGUGGGGGGGCAGAGGAGGGUGGUGGAGGAGCAUCCGGUUUAUGGACGUCGUUAGGGGAUGGUGUGCUCUGGUGAGGGUGUGGGGUGUGGGAAGAGAAGGCGUCUGGUAUGUUUAGAAGCGAGGGGGAUCUCAUUGUUAGAGUCUUGUGGUUUCGGGGUUGAGGAAGAUGCUUUUUUUUGGGAUACCCGAGUAAUGUAGACAGAUGGUCUACGGAAAAGUAUAAAUGGAACGAAUGUUACAGUGGUCAAUUCAGAGUCGGGGGGAUUAUUCUAGAUAGUGAUAGUGGUAUUUCCAACAUAGUUAACCUAAAUGCGCCG